AUGUCAGCGACGCCGAGUCCUCCAGAAGGAGGGUUACAGUUCAGCAAUAAGAUCAACGAGAACGACCAUGGAGCCUAUGUCACGCUCGUUGCGGCGGCUUCGUUUACAUGCAGCGUCCUGUUCUACAUUUUCAGGCUCUACAGUCGUUUGCCGAUACGGAGGCUGUUCAAGAUAGACGAUGCAACAACGACUGUUGCAACCAUCAUCGCUACCGGGCAGUUUGUAGCUAUCUCGAUUGCGGUGCAACUAGCCUUGGGGAAGCAUAUCGCGCAACUGGAAACAAAAAAGUUAGAAAAGUUCUACAAGGCUCUCUAUGCGGCGGACCUCCUUUUCAUCGCUUGCAUGUGCUCAGCCAGGCUGGCCAUGAUCCUUUUCGUGCAGCGAUGUGGCGUUAAGAAGCAUUUUAUCGCCACAUACAUUAUCACUGCGAUCACAGUCGUUUGGGGCCUCGCUGCAUUCAUCCUCAUUGCUGUUCCUUGCGAGGCCACCAUGCCUUGGAAUAGCCUUGACUCUACCUGCUCAUCUCUGUCCACUAGGUGGACAGUCAUAGUAGCUGGCGACAUCUUUAUAGAGAUAGCACUGCUAGCGCUACCAGUCUAUCUAGUGUGGGACGUACAAAUUACUGUAUCUACCAAAUGGGCCGUUAUCACGCCGUUUUGGUUACGAGCUCCCGUCAUCGUCUUAUCGACACUGCGUCUCCUCGCGUUGCACGAUGCAAUGAUAUCAACCGACUACACUUUCGAUCUUGUCUUGGCGGCUGUAUACACGCAACUAGAAAUGCAUGCCUGUCUCGUCUCCGCCACAGUGCCCUGCAUGCGUCCGUUUCUGAAGGCCUUCGACACCGGCUACUGGGGCACUACAAUCGCUCAGGUCGACCCUACAGCAUCCACGACAAAGGGCAGUGCGGGAAGCGUAUACGUGCUACAGUCGAAGUCGUCAGGAGCUAGGAUGCAGCUGGAAUCGCAGACCAUGACCGUCGAUAUUCCUAUGGGCAACCUACGACCGGAGCCGGUCGAUCACUCGACACGUAUCGAGCACAUUGAGUUUCAGAAGAAGGACGGCCAAAGCGACAACGGGUCGUUAACGUCGCAUGGCUCUGAUAAGAUGAUUAUUCGGAAGACCGUCGCGUACAGCGUUGAAUAA